CGGCGGAACAUUUGACCCGGACUACAUUUUCCACACGGGCACAGAUACUACGGACCGAACGACGCACCAGGCGAAAUGGAAGUGAAAAAUGCUAACUCUGCUAUGCUCAGUAACUAUGAGGUGUUCAAACUCCUCACAGACCUGAAGGAACAGAGGAAGGAAAGUGGGAAGAACAAACACAGCACCGGGCAGCAGAACCUCAACACCAUCAUGUAUGAGACGCUGAAGCACCUGUCAAAGACGCCCUGCAGCAGGCAGAGUCCAGAGAUCGUCAAAGAUUUCCUCACCACCAUGAAGCCUCACAAACUCACAAAGGCAGAAAAACUGCAGCUCUUGAACCACCGGCCACAAACAGCUGUGGAAAUUCAGCUGAUGGUGGAAGAGAGUGAGGAGCGUUUAUCAGAGCAGCAGAUUGAGGAGCUCAUCCAGACAGUCGCAGACGUCCUACCUGGUGACCCGGAGCAGGAAAACACAGCUGCAGCCGAUGCAGAGAUAGAUGAAACCGGUGAAGAGUCGUGAUGCAGUGACAGGCCAGGAAUGAGCCAUAGGUGGAGAACUGGAGUGAAGGCUAGGAUUACUACAGAAGUGGACUGGUUACUUUUACCUCCAUUUUGCAUCACUGCUUGAAAUGAACAUGCUGAGAAGGGAUGCACAAUGGCUGCCUGGCUGUGGCCAGAAGGACCUCAGACAAAUUUAAUGAAUGGAAUAAAAUAAGCAGAAUGCUUCUCAUUUGCAUUUAGGCAUAUAAAUACAACUGGAUUCAAAUGAAACAUGCACACCCUUUCAUAAGUGCAAGUUUUUGAACAGUGAGACACAGACGUAAUAUGAUUGGUCUAACUUGUAUUUCAGAUGAUGUUCAUGCAGGGACGGUCUGCUAUCAUUUUUCUCAUAAAUUUUCUCUCAUAAAUGUA